UUGUUAUAUAUUGGCCAACAAUAUACAAGGCAUUCAUCACUUUCAAAGAAAAACAAGUAUACAGGGAGCAAAAUGGCCUGUUGGUCAGCUGAAAGUGCAACGAAAGCCUAUCUCAGAGCAAUAAAAAUGGAAAAGAGAGCUAAAGAGCCAGAUGUAUCAGAAUUCAUUUCAGCACUUGCUGCAGGAAACAACGCGCAAUUGAUGGUUGUUGCAUGUGCUGCUGCAGCUGACUCCACCACACUAGCCCUAGUGGCUGCAGCCCAGCAAACUGGUGGCACAGUCAUUUGCAUCCUUAGUGCUGUUGACAAACUAAUUCCAUCACUAAAAUUUCUACACAAUAACGCGAGACAUGUUGAGUUUGUCAUUGGAGAUGCCAAAACUCUACUAAUAAAUUACUACAGAAGAGCAGAUUGUAUAGUAAUUGACUGUAACCUCAACAACUGUGAAGGCAUUCUUAAAACAGCACGAAGAAUCAGGGAAAUUGCCAUCGUUUUGGGGUACAAUGCGUUGCGAAUGGGCUCAUGGAGAUGCCAAAGCUUUAAUGCUCAUUUGUUACCCAUAGGAGAAGGCUUAUUGGUGACUAAAACGACGCAUAAAGGCAGUAGCUUUGGCGUUUCAGGGAAAAAGAGCCGCUGGAUUGUCAAAGUAGAUAAAUGCACAGGGGAAGAGCAUGUCUUCAGGGUCAGAUCUUCACAUGGAAAUCCUGUUGAAGCCUAGAUUUCGAUUUAGUGUUGUUUGAUAGAUUGUAGAUAGAAGAGAUUGAAUCAUUUUAACAGUAGUAUACACUUGGCCUACUGCUAUUGCUGAUUCAUUGAGGAUUGUCAGGGUCAAAUUUUUGAGUUUCUUCCAUACAUCAUAGUCCAACUAUAUAUGCAGUCAAAACAAUCACGUUGUGGCCAUAUAAAUCAUCUGCCAAUGAGAGCUAUAUGCUAAGUUUCACUUUGUUUUGAAAUGGUAAGGAUAGAUUACAAAAA